AUGCCUGCAGUUCGGUGUUUUUCCAGAAUCGAUACUUUCGAGAUCAAAGUUGAGAUCGGAAAGAGACUCGGUGCACAAAAAGCUGAGAAGUACUUCAAUCUACUCACCAGGUAUUUGAGUCAAAAGCUCCGAAAACCAGAAUUUGAUAAGCAUUGUGUAGCUUUAAUAGGUCGAGAGAAUCUUCAUCUUCACAACGAACUCAUCAUUUCCAUCAUAAAAAACGCUUCUUUUUCCAAUACACCCCCUCAAAAACAUAUCAAAUCCAACACUCCUCUGACUCUAAAACUCCCCAAUGGGUCCCACCCAAGAACAAGCCUUCAAUCCCUCUGUGCAUUUCCUCAGUCCCCUAAAAAAGGAAGAACCCCAAAUCUUCGUGAAAGAAAAUUCAAAGAUCGAUCACUCCAUGAAAACACACGUACAGAUUUCCAAACAAUAAAACUCCAACAGCAACAACAACAACAACAACAACAACAACAACAACAAAGUGUUUCUUUAAGCAGCAAACCUCCUCCUAAUAAUUCUGAUGAAGAUGGUGAAGAAGUUUAUAGUAGAAGCCCAGUUAGGGCUCCAUUUGGCAUAAAUCUACACUCAAAAGAAUCCCGAAAAGUACUCAAUACUUAUACUCAUUCAGAUUCUGCAUACCACACUGAAACUUGCCAUUACAGUGGUCAGUUGCCAGCUUCAAAUUCUUUAAAGAACAGGUUGAAACACAAUCUGAAAACAGAGGGAUUUGGAUAUUUCCAUGGAUUGUGUUGA